AGCACCUCCCGCAAGAAACGCGCAAAAAUCCAGAGAACCAAAAGUUGAAGCGGAACUGCAGUUCUGUCUGAGUCCUGAUCCUGACUCCCGAGGCUCUCCUCCAAAACCCCCUCCUUAAACCCUAGCUUCCGUACGCCUCCGCGCUCCCCCAUGGCCUCCUCGUCGCAAUCGGGCGGCGCCGGAGGCGGCGGGACGGUUGCUUCCAAUCCCCGCGUCUGGAUUGUCGCGAGCAUCGCCGUCGCGGGCGUCCUCGUCCUCGCGGAGGUCGCGCGCCGCCGCCGCCGGUGGCUGCGGGGCAUGUCCGGCACGGCACCCGACGCUGGAUCCUUCUGCGACCGCUUUGAGCUUCACCCUCCGGCGCAGCCGCCUCCUCCCGCGGCUCGCCACAUUCUCUCGGGUCUGACCUUCGCCGCUAGUGACAACUUCGAGAUCGAGGGCUACGUAGCCGGGUUUGGGAACCCAGACUGGAAGAAAACUCAUGAGACGGCGAGGCACACUGCUGUGGCUGUCACAAUGCUGCGGAAACAGGGGGCCACCUGCGUUGGAAGGACAAUCAUGGAUGAACUAGGCUUUGGUGUCACUGGAGAAAAUUUGCACCAUGGAACACCAGCCAACCCUGUUUCUUCUUCACUCGUCCCUGGUGGAUCAUGCAGUGGCUCUGCUGUGGCAGUUGCUGCACAACUUAUUGACUUUGCAAUUGGCACUGAUACAAUUGGUGAUGUAAGAAUCCCAGCUUCUUUCUGUGGUUUACUUUGUUUUAGGCCUUCCUAUGGUGUUAUAUCUACUCUUGGGACCAUAGCAAAUUCACAAAGUCUCGACACAAUCGGAUGGUUUGCACGAGAUCCAUGUAUUCUUCAUCGUGUUGGUGAAGUUCUUUUACCAGCCGCUGUAGGUGGACUUAAGCAAACAAGGCAAUUUGUUUUUGCCGAUGACUGCUUUCAGCUGCUAAAGGUCUCUAAUCAGAAAACUGUGCAUGCCAUAAAAAAUGCUGUCCAGGCAUUACGUGGAUAUCAGCCACCUAAACACAUCAAUAUUGGCCAAUAUAUUUAUUCCAAUGUACCUAGCCUGAAGGAGUUUUGCGAACCAGCUACAAAGUUAGAAGAAGGAACAUCAGCCCUGAAAGCAAUCUCCACAGUGAUGUUGUUAUUACAGAGAUAUGAGUUUAAAGCAAACCACGAGGAGUGGGUUAACACUGUUAAACCUAAGCUUGGCCUUGAUAUCUCUACUCGUGUGCUACAAGCCGUGAAUUUUGCACGGGAAAACAUCAAAUCUUUGUACGCAAUAAGAAAUGAAUUGCGGGUUGCACUCAAGAAUCUUCUAAAGGAUACUGGAAUUUUAGUUCUACCAACCACAGCUGGAUAUCCUCUGAAGAGAAACUCUAAAGAAAGACUAUCAUCUGGAUUUGAGGAUAGAAUGUACAAAUUUGUAGGCGUUGCUGCACUUUCUGGAUGUUGUGAGGUCACUAUUCCCAUGGAAAAUCUGGAUCAUCAUGUAUCUCUUUCAUUUGUAGCAGCACAUGGAUCAGACAAGUUUCUACUCCGUAAUAUCUUGGAUACAUAUUCUCUCAUCCAGGACCAAGUAGUUUUGGCAUCCAAGUUGGAAACUGCACCAGUAACCAAUGUUGAUGUUGAUGUCAAUGCAUCAGAGCUUCUAAAAGAAAAGGGAAAUAGCGCUUUCAAAAGAAGACAGUGGAUCAAGGCAAUUGAGUUUUACUCAGAGGCCAUCAGUUUGAGUGACACAAAUGCAACAUAUUACUGCAACAGAGCAGCAGCUUAUCUGGAACUGGGCCGUUUUAAGCAGGCCGAAGCAGAUUGUGACCGGGCCUUACUGUUGGAUAGAAAGAUUUCAGGCAUGCUUUGGCAUUGGAGCCACAGAAUAAAACAGCUCUUGCAGCGGAAAGGAGGCUGCAGAAACUCCUGAAGUGAUGUGGGGAGCAGCAGCACAUCCGACUUGUAAAUUAUUUUGAAGACUUGCCUGGUUGAAGGCAAUUUUGAUCGGCAGCAUGUGAAAGGAAGAUGCGAUCUGCUGGAUAAGAGUCAUUAAACUAUUUUUUGUUUGCCAUCAUUCGAAAAUUUGUAUCUCACGACGAUUGUCAGCAAGUUUUGAUAUAGCUUCUUGCUAUGACCGUCUAUUAAGGGAAAAUCUUGUAUAUGCAUUGUAUACUACUUCGAUCUGAAGGCCGAGAACGCGAGAACCCAUGCGAGCGCUUGGCUCUGCUGGAGUGUAUGAUUGUGUAGUGCAGGAUCUAAUUUGGGAGGCGUUGAGACGCCCCUUAUUCUCC